GAGAGACACUGGGUGACAGAGAGAGAGGCAGGAAGCCGCCUGCAGGCUGGGAGCGGUCGGACGUAUAAAAGACUCGUCGUCUUCCUUCUUUCUGCAUUAGACUGCUCCCUCUCUCUCUCUCUCUCUCUCUCUCUCUCUCUCUGCCUCACACCUGAAACUCUACCUGCGCAGGAUGUCGUGGCAGGGAUACAUUGAUAACCUGUUGGCUCCGGACGAUAAGGGUCGUCUCCCGGUCCAAGAGGCGGCGAUCUGUGGGUUCGCACCGGGGCAGGAGAGUGUGUGGGCCAGCACGCCCGGCAUGAACAACAUCUCGGCAGAGGAAAUCAGGAAGCUGGCCGGGAAGAGGGACACCUUCGGCCAGUGUGGGCCCUGCGUCGGGGGCAUGAAGUGCAGGAUGCUGCGGGACAACAUGGAGGACGAGAAGAUGUACAGUCUGGACCUGAAGUCCGCAGCAGACGCUGAGGGAAACACCUACAGCGUAUGUGUCGGCAAGAGCAAACAAGCUUUAGUCAUCGCCAGGGGCACGAAAGACGCCACCGGAGGUCAGCUCGCCCCGAAGGUGUUCAGCAUCGUUGAGCACCUGCGGAAGGCCGGCUUUUAACACAACAUGGCCGCCGACCCCCCCACCCUCCCACACUGCAUAUCAACUCAAGAAAACAGCCGCUCUUCAGAUCUUAUUUAGUUUUUUUAUCUCUCGACCUUUCAGGUGAAAAAUAAAGUGUUUAUUCAUGUAGUGAACGAGUGGUGAACAUGAACACUCACACACACAGCUGUGGACUGUGUGUGUGUGUGUGGAGGCGUGUUCACACCUGAGCUGAGGGCACACCUGUUCCAGUGUUGUUGAUGUUUAAAGCAGGGAGCCAGUGUUACAUUUUUUACAGUGGAGAAGGACGUGUGUCUAAUCAGAGCGCUGUUAAAAACUCACACCUGAAAAAUAAAAACCUCUUUAUUAACACA